CGAUAUCGACAUAUAGCAACAUUCCACACUCCCGACCAGAGGCCAACAGCGGCCUGCCAAAACUACCGGUACAAAAAUGCUAGACUCACAGUUGGUGUGGGCACGCGACAUACAGGAUGGCUACAUACAGGGACGCAUCAUCGAGAUCGGUGCGUCCGAAUAUGAGGUGCAGCCGGUGGAUGGAAAGCUGCCGAAGCGUAGCUGCAUCCCGGAGGACAUCUUUCCUUCGUGCGAGCGGCCCUCGGACAAUGAUGACAACUGCGAGCUGAUGUUUCUGAACGAGGCGACGCUGCUCGAUAACAUACGGAACAGAUACUACAAAGAUAAGAUUUAUACCUACGUAGCAAACAUCCUGAUCGCCGUCAAUCCGUACAAGGAAAUACCGGACCUUUACUCGAAGACGACGCUGAAGCGGUACAGCGGUAAAUCGAUCGGUGAACUUCCGCCGCACGUAUACGCAAUUGCCGAUAAAGCAAUCCGUGAUAUGCGCGUGCUAAAGAUUUCACAGUCGAUCAUCGUGUCGGGCGAAUCCGGUGCCGGCAAGACGGAAAGCACCAAGUAUCUGCUUAAGUUCCUGUGCGAUUCGGUAGCCGCGGCCGGUCCGAUCGAGCAAAAGAUACUGGACGCGAACCCGAUCCUGGAAGCGUUCGGCAAUGCGAAAACGACCCGCAACAACAACAGUUCGCGCUUUGGCAAAUUCAUCGAGGUGCACUACGACAAACGGUGCCAGGUGGUGGGUGGACACAUCUCCCACUAUCUGCUGGAAAAGAGCCGCAUCUGCACGCAGAGUGCGGACGAACGGAACUACCACGUGUUUUAUUUACUGUGCGCGGGUGCACCGCCGGCAUUGCGUGAACGGCUUGCCCUUACCAAACCGGACGACUAUCGGUAUCUGUGUGGGUGCACGCAGUACUUUACGCAGCCGAACACGGAAUCGCGCAUACCGGCGGGGUAUAAAUCGCGCGUGCACACCACAAAAGGACCGUUGAAGGAUCCGAUACUGGAUGAUUAUGAAGAUUUCCGCCAGCUGGACGAAGCGCUCGGACGGUUGGGAUUGAGCGAGGCGGAACGGACGCAAAUCUACUCGCUUGUUGCGGCGGUACUGCAUCUUGGCAAUAUACGGUUCGAGGAAAAUCCGGAAGAUUCGAACGGUGGGUGCCGGAUUACGCAGGAUUCGCAAACGUCGCUCAACGUGACGGCACGCUUGAUCGGAGUAGAUCCGUCCGAGCUGCGUCAAGCGUUGAUGUCGCGUGUGAUGAAGAGCAAAGGUGGCGGUAUCAAGGGUACGGUUAUUAUGGUGAUGCUGAAGGUGUACGAGGCAAACAAUGCGCGUGACGCACUGGCCAAAGCCCUCUACUCCAAGCUGUUCGAUCACAUCGUGGCGCUCAUCAAUCAGAACAUUCCCUUCCAGGCAUCUAGCUACUAUAUUGGUGUGCUCGAUAUCGCCGGUUUUGAAUACUUCACGGUCAACUCGUUCGAACAGUUCUGCAUCAACUACUGCAAUGAAAAGCUGCAGAAGUUUUUCGAUGACAACAUCCUUGCGGCGGAACAGGUACUGUAUGCGCGCGAAGGUCUCAAUGUGCCGGAGAUCAAGUACACCGACAAUCAGGACAUUAUCGAGCUGAUCGAAUCUAAAUCAAACGGUAUCUUCACACUUCUGGAUGAAGAAUCGAAGCUGCCGAGACCAUCGUACGCACACUUUACGAACGAGGUACAUUCGGCCUGGAACGGUCACUAUCGGCUGUCGUUUCCGCGUGCUUCUCGGCUCAAGGCGCACCGUUCACUGCGCGAUGAUGAAGGAUUUUUGGUUCGCCAUUUUGCCGGUGCCGUCUGCUAUAAUACGAACCAAUUCAUCGAGAAGAACAAUGACGCGCUACAUGCAUCGCUGGAAGGGUUGGUGCAGGAGUCGGAAAAUGCGCUGCUGAACACACUGUUCAGUGGCGGCGGUAAGCUGAUGAACGUGGGCAAACUAUCGUUCAUUUCGGUCGGUUCGAAGUUCCGGUCGCAGCUGAGCGAGUUGCUGGAGAAACUACGCAGCAACGGCACGAACUUUAUACGCUGCAUCAAACCGAACAGCCGGAUGAUUGAUCACGAGUUCGAGGGUAGCCUGGCACUGGCACAGCUCAAGUACUCCGGCACAAACUCGGUGCUGGAGCUGAUGGAGUACGGUUAUCCAUCGCGCGUACCGUUCAACGAGCUGUACAACAUGUACAAGAGCUAUCUGCCUCCGGAGUUGGCCCGGUUGCCGCCGCGUACGUUCUGCGAAGCAAUGCUGAUGUCGUUGAAGCUCAACUCGAACGAGUUCAAGUUUGGCAUAACGAAAGUGUUCUUCCGGCCGGGCAAGUUCGUCGAGUUCGAUCGAAUCAUGCGCUCGGAUCCGGAGAAUCUGAAGGCGAUCGUGGCGAAGGUGAAGAAGUGGUUGAUCCGUUCUCGGUGGAUCAAGUCGGCGUUCGCAGCGAUAUGCGUCAUCAAACUGAAAAAUCGCAUCAUCUUCCGAAACAAAUCGGUCGUGGUGCUGCAGAAAGCGGUCCGUGGCUAUCUGGUGCGUAAGCAACACCAGCCACGCUACCGGGGCAUCAUGAAGAUCAAAGCCGUCGAGCAUAAUUUGCAAAAGAUGCAAGCGAUUGCGGAGCAGCUGAAGGCGGACCGCGACAAGAUGCAGGCCAACAUCCGGGACGUGCAGGCAAUGCUGAAGGUUGCGAUCGAGAAGAUACGCAACAAUCCGACGAUCGGUGCGGCCGCCAUCGAUCGCCAGUACGCGGAAAUUAUGCACAGUAUCGAUACGAACAUGAAGCUGAUCAAUGCGCGCCUUCAGGAGCAACGCAAUGCCGAGGAGCAGGAGCGACUGAAUAAGAUCAAGCUUGCGCUGGAGGCUGAACGUCGUGCCAAGGAGGAAGAGUUGCGUCGCCUCAAAGAGGAGGAAGAAAAUAGGAAAAAAAAAACGGAAAUCGAGGCACGCCGCAAGGAGGAGGAAGCCAAACGCCUCCGGCAGGAGGGCGAAGAUCGGAAGGCUGCCCUUGCCCUACAGGCACAGCUGGAAAAGGAAGCACAGGAAGACAUACAGUAUCGGCAGCAGCUGGAGCAGGAACGGCGCGAUCACGAGCUGGCCCUCCGGCUGGCACAGGAAUCGAACGGACAGGUCGAGGACAGUCCGCCCGCGUUGAGAAACGGUACGCCAGAGGUCACGCCAUUGGGCAACGCAAACCGAUUGAUAAGAUCGGAAGCGAUCCGUGCACAACAGCAGCUGGUUGAGAAGCAGAAGCACGAUCUAUCGAAAUGGAAGUAUUCGGAGCUGCGGGACGCGAUCAACACGAGCUGCGACAUUGAGCUGCUGGAGGCAUGCCGCCACGAGUUCCACCGCCGGCUAAAGGUGUACCAUGCCUGGAAGGCAAAGAACCGCAAGCGUACGACGAUGGACGAGAAUGAGCGGGCACCGCGUAGUGUAAUGGAGGCGGCGGCACGUUCCGGUCCACCAAGAUUGACGCCGAAGCAAGAGAUCGUACCGACCGGUAGCGUUCAUCGCUACUUCCGCAUACCGUUCGUGCGACCGACCAACGGUGGCGGACCGGAAGUAGCCACCGUUGCCGCGAAUGCGGACGACAGCAAACGCAGCUGGUGGUACGCCCACUUCGACGGUCAGUACGUUGCACGGCAGAUGGAGCUGCACACGGAUAAACCGCCGAUUCUGCUCGUGGCCGGCAAGGACGAUAUGCAGAUGUGCGAGCUGAGCCUAGAAGAAACGGCACUGACGCGCAAGCGGGGCGCCGAAAUACUUGAGCACGAGUUUAACCGCGAAUGGGAACAGCACGGUGGCAAACCGUACAACCGAUUGAGUCCUAGGAAGUAG